GGACCAAGAGUCGUCGCGAGGGCUUAUAAAGCUGCUAUUUCUGGCAUUUUUUCUCUUUCUCUGCUGAUUAUGCAGCAGCAUCUCGCAGAGGCUGUCGCGGGUGCGUUCUCUCGCUGCCUGGGUUUCUGUGGAAUGAGGCUCAGGCUCCUUCUCUCAAGACACUGGUGCAUUGCAGGUGCGUCUCUACAGAAGUUUGAUGGUGACAGUGCCUACGUGGGGAUGAGUGACGGAAAUCCAGAGCUCCUGCCAACCAGCCAGACCUAUAACAGCCAGAGCGAGAGCAAUGAAGACUAUGAGAUUCCUCCUAUAACGCCUCCCAACCUCCCUGAGCCAUCCCUUCUGCACCUGGGGGACCACGAAGCCAGCUACCACUCGCUGUGCCACGGCCUUGCGCCCAACGGUCUGCUUCCUGCCUACUCGUACCAAGCUAUGGAUCUCCCGGCCAUCAUGGUGUCCAACAUGCUAGCCCAGGAUAGCCACCUGCUGUCUGGUCAGUUGCCCACGAUCCAGGAGAUGGUCCACUCAGAGGUAGCUGCCUAUGACUCAGGCCGACCAGGGCCCCUGCUGGGCCGCCCAGCGAUGCUGGCCAGCCACAUGAGUGCCCUCAGCCAGUCCCAGCUCAUCUCUCAGAUGGGCAUCCGGAGUGGCAUCGCCCACAGCUCCCCAUCACCCCCAGGGAGCAAGUCGGCGACCCCCUCUCCAUCCAGUUCUACACAGGAGGAGGAGUCAGACGCCCAUUUCAAGAUCUCGGGAGAGAAGAGACCCUCAGCAGACCCGGGCAAAAAGGCCAAGAACCCAAAGAAGAAGAAGAAGAAGGAUCCCAAUGAGCCACAGAAGCCUGUGUCGGCCUAUGCUCUCUUCUUCAGAGACACCCAGGCCGCCAUCAAGGGCCAGAACCCCAGUGCCACAUUCGGGGAUGUGUCCAAAAUAGUGGCCUCCAUGUGGGACAGCCUAGGAGAAGAACAGAAACAGGCGUAUAAGAGGAAGACCGAAGCUGCCAAGAAGGAGUACCUGAAAGCCUUGGCGGCCUACAGAGCUAGCCUUGUCUCCAAGAGCCCUCCGGACCAAGGCGAGGCCAAGAGUGCUCAGGCAAACCCGCCAGCUAAGAUGCUGCCACCCAAGCAACCCAUGUAUGCCAUGCCCGGCCUGGCUUCCUUCCUGACGCCCUCCGACCUGCAGGCCUUCCGCACUGGAGCCUCUCCCGCCAGCCUAGCCAGGACGCUGGGCUCCAAGGCUCUGCUGCCAGGCCUCAGCACAUCCCCCCCACCACCCUCCUUCCCUCUCAGCCCCUCACUGCACCAGCAGCUGCCCCUGCCCCCUCACGCACAGGGCACCCUCCUCACCCCCCCUCUCAGCAUGUCCCCAGCCCCUCAGCCUCCUGUCCUGCCUGCCUCCAUGGCGCUCCAGGUGCAGCUGGCGAUGAGCCCCUCACCUCCAGGGCCACAGGACUUCCCACACAUCUCCGAGUUCCCCAGUGGCUCAGGCUCCCGCUCACCUGGCCCAUCCAACCCUUCCAGCAGCGGGGACUGGGAUGGGAGUUACCCCAGCGGGGAGCGCGGCCUCGGCACCUGCAGCCUGCUCCCCAGGGAUAAAUCGCUCUACCUCACCUAAUCCCGCCUCCCCUCCCUCCCUGAGGCUCUCCGGAGGGCACUGCUCUGAGCUGGAAGGGCUGACCACAGGAGAGAGGCCAUGGCAGCAGGCAGGGUGACCGGCCAGCAGUGACACACCUAUGCCCCAGGGCUGAGUAUCUCCCUCGACCUCCCACCAGACUCUGCAGAGGCAGCCCACCGCCCACCACCAGCCCAAAGAACCUGCAGGAACCUUCUGCCCGCUGACCUGCUUGCUCCAGGGUAGCUGUGGACCCCACUCCUUGGCCUGCACUCAGUUCCCUGCGUCUGGACUUCUGGCCCCAGCCCAAGCUCACCGGGCUGCCCCCCCUCUCGAGGUUGCUUAGCAACAGACACCCACCCCAGAUGCUGGGCCAGCCACAGGUGUGUUCUCGGUGGUGUACACAAAAGAUCCUGAAACCCACGCACUGUGGGUUCCGUGUAAGUAGUUCACUGUUUUAGAACUGUGCUGAAGACAUCUGUAAGAUUAUUUUGUGGGGAGAAAGAAAGUUUCCUUUAAGGUAAAAAAACAAAACAAAGCAUUUUAUAAGACCUUUAGCACAUUUUUUUUUAAGUUUUAUCUUAAGGGAGACAGGCACAAACAGCUGUCAAACUGAUUCUUAUCUGCACACAGAGAGAAUGGGAGCUUUUAAAGCCACACCCAGGGACAUUCUCCCCCUCCUCCUCUCCCUCCUCUUCUUUUUCCUCUUCCUCCUCUUCCCCCUUCUCCUCCUUCCUCUCCUCUUCCUCCUCCUCUUCUUCAUGUUCUUCUUUUUCCUCCUCCUCCCUUCUUCUUCCUCUUUUUCUUUUUUUUUGAUCAUAUAUCCACCUAUUUAAAAUCUCCAGCAACAAUUUUGGUCAUCUAUUUAUGAAGAAAAGUUGAGAACUAUGGUGUGGUUUCUCCUAACUUGUGUGUGGUUUGGGGUUUGGGUUUGGCUUAGGCUUUGGUUCAUGUUGUUCGUAGCUGUCUCCUGGCCCUUGCAAUGUCUGUCCUGGUGCCCCAGUGCUUCCCUCAGACCUCUUUGUAAUAAAACUCCUGAAAAGUGGCAAGCAA